AUGAAGCUGCGGUACUGCAAGUCGGGCCUCAACCGGCACGCCGGCAUCGCCGAGACGGAGUGGAUGCCGGACGAGGCGAAGGACGUCUUCGGCACCCCGGUCUCGCACGGCAAGAACCUGAUCGCGCGCGACGACAGCGGCGGAUCGCUCGCCGCACUCUUCCGGGAGCUGGACGCGCCCUUCGUGGGCGCGGCGUCCGGGAGCAUCGAGCAGUUCGUCUUGACGAUGGAGGACGACUGCUGCGGCGCACACCCCGAGGGCCUCGUGCCGUCCUCGGCGCUUGACGUGCGCGAGGCGCUGAUCGGCCUCCAGACCAUGACGCUCGUCGCGGGCGGCCAGCACUCCGUGGCCGAGUGCGUCAUCGUCGCGCAGGGCAUGGGCUACUUCUCGGGUGUGCCCAGAGUGGAGGACGGCUACGCAGAGGCCGUGGCCGGCUUCGAGCGGCACCUCGCGGGCCUGGGCGUGGCCCCGGGAGAGGGCGUCGGGCCCCUCGAGCAGCUGUGGGGCGCCUGGGACCGCUUCGGCCACGCGGGGGGCUCGCCGCCGAUCUCCUCUUCGCAGCCGGCAGGCAGAAGCCCAGACAUGCUCGCGUGA